CCGGCCCGGCCCGUCGGCGGGGAAGCCGAGGCCGGAAGUCCAGUCCUGAUCCCGGCGGUGGAAGUGGAAAAAGGAACAAAUACUGAAGUCUUGAAGCAGAGUUGAGGAGGCAGUCGUGCAAAGAGAAGAUAAGGAGCAGCCUUUAGAAGAAGGUGUAUUGGUGCUGAGGUCCUUUCAUGCUGCCUGGCCAGUUUAUACAAUGAUAUAGGAACCUUGUAUUAAUCAGCAAUUGUGGAGGCUGCCAGCUUCAGACAGGUUUAUUGAAAUGGGUAGCGAAGAAGAGAAAUGGGAGAAAUUGGAUGCAGAGUUUGAUCACUUUGUAGUAGACAUGAAGCCUUAUGUUCUGAAAUUGGUUCAUAGGUCAGAACGUCAGAGGUGUGCGCUUUGGAUUAAAAAACUCUGUGAGCCCUCAGGAGUAGGUACAGGAAUAAUGGGUAGGAAGAAUCGGAAUCUGUACGCAAAGCUGUUGCUGCAUAUGCUAAAGCGAGGAGUAGUAGAAGGGCCAUUUACACAUCGACCCGAACCAGGAUCACUGAAGAAUUUACCUUCGUAUAUGUCCAUCUAUUUUGAUGAACCAAAUACAGCAAGAGCAAAAAGUUCAAGUCCCGAAGUAUUACCAGGCUGGGUAGUGGAUGAACUGGGGCCAAGUGAACCAAAAUUAGAUGAAUCCUGGAAAUAUUCCUCUGGAGAAGAGAGUACAAAGGCAGUAUCACCAAAUGUUGCACAGAGUAAGCGACGAUGUGCUGGCCAGCUACGAAUGAGGUCACAUUCUAUGAGCCCAACCCACAGAACAGAGGAAGAAAACGUGGCCAUACAGAUGUCUGGAAAUCAUCCCCAAAACUCUCCUGUUUCUUUGGAUAAGAGUGACAUUGAAGCUCGCCUUAGUAAUUGGAACCUUGGGCUAGAAAAUCCGCGGUAUUUGCGAGAAAAGCCUAUCCCGAUAUCACUGAUGACUCCGAAACUGGGCCUGCGGAAAAGCAGCGGUUUCUGUGAUGACCAGUUGUCGUUUCGAAUGUACGAAAAAGAGUUGGAGAUGAAAACAAAGAUAAUGGAAGCGAAAUUUCAUGAAGAGAAGCUUCAACUGCAGCAGAAGCAUGACACUGAUAUUCAGAAGAUCUUAGGUAGAAAGAAUAACGAGACAGAGGAAUUGAAAGCCUUUUAUAAAACGAAACAGAACGAAGCUGAGGAUGCGAUUAGGAAACUCGAAAAGAAAGUUCAGACCCUUGUCCGUGACUCACAAAUGGUUAGAGAAGCUAAAGAAAUCCAGAUUGUAGAAUUAAAAAAGUUAUGUGAGCGGAGCACAGAAUCUUUGAAUAAUGAUUGGGAAAAAAAGCUUCACAAUGUGGUGGCAGAAAUGGAAAAGGACAAGAUUGAACUUCAAAAGAGACACACUGAAAAUAUCCAAGACUUGCUUGAAGAUACAAAUUUGCGCCUCAGUAAAAUGGAAGCUGAGUACUUGGCACAGACAACUGCAACGUUAUCAGAAUGGAGGCGGGUGUUUAAAUGGGGUGUGUUUAAAAGGCCAUCGAGCACUGUAGAGAAUGGUGUUGACGGACUGGAGCCUCCUGUGAAAAACCAGGUGGUCAAAGAUCUAGAGGCUCGGGUCCAGCAACUGACGGGAGAGGCAGAAAACAGUAAUUCGCAGAGGCAGAAAUUGUGCCUGGAAAAGACAGAGCUGGAGAAGAGCUACCAGGUGACAUGCAGUGAACUGCAAGAAGUAAAGGCGAGGUGCAACUCUCUUCAUAAGGAGCGGGAUCACAUCAUACAAGAUUACGAGAAGAAUAUUAAGCUACUCCAAAGCAGAUACGAUGCAGAUAUGCAGCUUCUGAGGCAGGAUCAGGUGCUGAGUGCUGCAAAGGCAACUGAUUUGAUUGAUGAAUUAGAACAGAGUGUGUCUCAAUUAAAACAACAGUUACAAGAUUCCGAACAUCAAAGAAAGCAGCAGCUGAGGGAUCAAGAAAACAAAUUCCAACAGGAAAAACUCCAUUUAGAUCAUGCUUAUGAAGAAAAGGUUCAGAACUUCCUGAGUGACCGUGAUAAAGAGAAAGGGGAUGCUCAAAAGAAAAUCCAUAAACUGGAGGAGGCUGUUAAGGAGAAGGAGGAGCAGUUGACUCGGGUGACAGAGAUCCAGAAGCUGCAGGCUCAGCAGGCUGAUUCUGCCCUGGAGGAGUUUAAGCGGCAUGUGGAGUUGAACUCAGAAAAAGUCUAUGCUGAAAUGAAACAGCAGAUGCAAAAAGUGGAGACAGAUCUAAGUCGAUCUAAAUCUCUUCGGGAGAAACAGUCUAAGGAGUUUCUGUGGCAACUAGAAGAAGUUAGGCAGAGAUAUGAGCAGCAGAUAGUAGAGCUGAAGCUGGAGCAUGAACAGGAGAAGACGCACCUAUUCCAGCAGCAUAACACAGAGAAGGAUUGCCUAGUCCAAGAUCAUGAACGGGAAAUUGAAAACCUGGAAAAACAGCUUCGCGCUGCCAUGAUGGAUCACGAAAAUAAAAUUCAAGAGUUCAGGAAACGAGACGCACAGAUCAUCUGCGAUAUGGAAACCCAAAAUCAGAAGCUGAGAGAGGAACUGGUUCAGUUGAAUUCUCAGCGGAAGCAGCAGCUGGUCGAGCUUGGCCUUCUGCGGGAAGAGGAAAAGCAGCGGGCUGCUCGGGACCAUGAAUCGGCAAUCAGCAGGCUCAAGGCUGAAUCGGAGAAGAAGAAGUUAGAAUUGAAGAGGGCACAUGCAGCCGAAACCGAGGUGGCCCUGGAAAAGGCUAACAGCAGGUUGAAGCAGAUUGAGAAGGACUACAAUCAGAAGCUCACCAAAUCAUCCCAGAUCAUAACUGAACUUCAGACAAGCCUUGCCUCCCUGAGAGAGGAGAGCAGCCGACAGCAGCUUGCUUCAGAAAGGCGACUCCAGGAUGUUGUUCAAAAAUUGGAUGAUGAGAAGAAGCAGCUGAUUAAAGAUAAUGACAGAGCAAUCAAGGCUUUACAAGACAAGCUGGAAAACUAUAGCAGUCAGGUGCGGAUGACUGAGAAAAAGCUUCACCACAAGGAGCUGGAAUCACAGGAACAGAUGAUCUGCAUACGACAAGAAUAUGAAUCAAAACUCAAAGGUCUGAUUCCAGCAUCUGUGAGACAAGAACUGGAAGACACCAUUUCCUCUUUAAAAUCUCAGGUUAACUUUCUGCAGAAGAGAGCGUCCGUCCUACAAGAAGAACUGAAUGCCUACCGGAGCCGGAGGUAACCGCUGGGGGAAAACAACGUCAUCCCAACCACCCGGGAGUUUCAGCAGGUUUGAAGAUUUGGAUCUUGUAAAUUAAACUGUGAGAUCGAUGCCCCUUUUCAUUAGCUAAAAUAGAGAGGUAAUUAAGACCGUAAAAGAGCAUCCAUAGUUCCUGCCAGUAUUUUUUUCUCUUCCAUCUAGCUUCAGUUAUUUUUUAUCAUCCCCUUAUUUCUGAGGUGCCUGUUUGAUGUGUUUUGAAUGUGUGCAGAAUACACUUAUUGGGAAAUGAAAUUA